UGCUUCGGCCUGGUGGUCGAGCUGCGCGCGCACGCGGCGGCUGCGACUGGUGCUGCCUGGCGGCGGAGCGCGGUGCACGCUGGGACUUCUCGCUGGCGGGCGGCUGCGGGCGGCUGCGGGCGGGCGGCUACGGAAAAGGAGCUGGAGACGGCAGGAUGGUGAAGCUGACGGCGGAGCUGAUCGAGCAAGCGGCGCAGUACACCAAUGCUGUACGGGACCGCGAGCUGGACCUCCGGGGAUAUAAAAUUCCAGUCAUUGAAAAUCUAGGUGCUACCUUAGACCAGUUUGAUGCUAUUGAUUUUUCUGACAAUGAGAUCAGGAAGUUGGAUGGUUUUCCUUUGCUAAGAAGACUGAAGACAUUAUUAGUGAACAACAACAGAAUAUGCCGUAUAGGUGAGGGACUUGAUCAGGCUCUGCCCUGUCUGACAGAACUCAUUCUCACCAACAAUAGUCUUGUGGAAUUGGGUGAUCUGGACCCUUUGGCGUCUCUUAAAUCACUGACUUAUCUAAGCAUUCUAAGAAAUCCUGUAACAAAUAAGAAGCAUUAUAGACUGUAUGUGAUUUAUAAAGUCCCACAAGUCAGAGUGCUGGAUUUUCAGAAAGUAAAACUAAAAGAGCGUCAGGAAGCAGAGAAAAUGUUCAAGGGCAAACGGGGUGCACAGCUUGCAAAGGAUAUUGCCAGGAGAAGCAAAACUUUUAAUCCAGGUGCUGGUUUGCCAACUGACAAAAAGAAAGGUGGGCCAUCUCCAGGGGAUGUAGAAGCAAUCAAGAAUGCCAUAGCAAAUGCAUCAACUCUGGCUGAAGUGGAGAGGCUGAAGGGGUUGCUGCAGUCUGGUCAGAUACCUGGAAGAGAGCGCAGAUCAGGGCCCACUGAUGAUGGUGAAGAAGAGAUGGAAGAAGACACAGUCACAAACGGGUCCUGAGCAAGGUGGUGGAUGUCUACUAACAGGCAGUCUUGGGACAAAUCUACUUUUUGAACAUGGAAUAAUAGCCUUGUUUGUGUCAGCAAAGUGGAAUCUCACCAUUGUUGAAACGUUUUAAACUGCUGCCCAUAAUUUUGUAUUAUAAAUUUUGAAGUCUAAAUGUCAGUUUUUUACAAAUGGUAAAAAAUAAAGGCCACUCACUGUGCUGCCGAA